UCCAGAAUUCCCCAUUCUUCAAUUUCUCCUUCAAGCAUUCAUCAAUGGAAGAUUUGGGCUAUCUCUGGAGCUACCAAGAGGGCAUUGAUGAGCUAAAACAGAGGCUUCUCUACACAACAAUUGAGCUCGAAUCAGUAAAAAUGGCGGCCAAUCAAGAAAUGACAGAAAACAAACAGAAUCUAAAGAAUCUCUUCAAUCUUCUUCAAAUUGCUUAUAAAGAAAGAGACGAAGCAAAGAAUCAGCUUCAGAAAGUGUUGAAUAAAGCAAAUUCCGGCAUUACUGAGUCCAAUAGCCUCUCCGGCGGCGGCUCCGACGCCGCCGUUUCGUCGCCGGAUUUCUCGAGCGUUGGGGAUCCGGUGAUUGAGAAUUUUGUGAAGGGGAAGAAGCUGCCGGAGAAGGGGAGGUUGUUGCAGGCUGUGAUGGAGGCAGGGCCGUUGCUUCAGACGCUGCUUGUGGCGGGGCCGCUACCUCGGUGGCGGAAUCCGCCGCCGGUGCAGUCGUUGAAGGUUGUUCCUCCGCCUGUUUUGAUUAAUAAUAGUCCAAGAAUAUGUUCGAAUUCUAUGAUGAAUUUCUCUGAUUCUUACAGUUUUGGGUCUCAGUUUCAGUCUACGAAGAGACAGAGAUUACAUUGAUGUUCAUAUCAUUGCUUAUAUUCUAUUGUAAAAAUUACUUUAUUUUUUUUCUACAUAAUGUAUUUUUGUUUUACAAAAUAUUG